AUGGAAAUUCUAGCGACGACAAGCACAGAAACAACGACGGUUAGCACAGUGACAACAGUAACUACAGUAGCUGUAACAACGGUCACGACUACUUCAACGACAUCAACAACGACAACGACUACAAGUAAUCAAACAUCUUGCACGUUUCCAUGCGUGUGCGUAGGUAUUUCAUCGUCAACUUUAUGGCAGGCUUAUCCGAGUAAUAGCAUGUACAUGAAUAUUGAUACAAGCAAUUGUACCUUCAAUCAAACGCCACUUUACUUCACUAGUAUGGCUGGAAGUGCCUCGCAUUAUGGUUUAACUGGUUAUGGUGCGAUAUAUUCACCUACAAGUACUUCUUUUACAAUCUAUAUUCAGAAUGUUUUUGACUGGAAUUCAUCCUAUUUAAUAAGUGUGGCUACAAUUGAGGCUUGGAAUGUGAAUUGGUUUGGAUUGUAUUACUAA